AUGGCCGCAGACAGCGCAGGUGCUGUGUCCAGAUGUCUCAUGGCUGAACCAACAGCUGCAUCUGAGAAAACACGAUGUCACGUGAUCCCUCGCACGACGUCACGACGGACUUGCGGCGUAUCGAUGACUGCCCGCGCACGCAAUUUUCUGACUCAACCUACUCUUGCACGAACUUUUGAUUCCUUCAAGGUACUCGAGACAGAUGCUUAUGCAGCUUCAAGACCGAGCUGUUUGAGUUCAGGCAAAGCUGUAGCUCUGACUGUGUCACGAGGAUACCGUCCCACGAAGCGGUGGCUAAGCAAACCGAUUCCUUCUCGUGGACAACACUCCGAAGCUUCGAGCAAGACUCACCUGCCUUUGCCUUUGGGGUCGAUAGAGGCGGCCAACUUGGUCGAGAAAAGGACGGGCGUUCGUGGAACGUUUUCGAGCGCAGCACAUUUAUAA